UUUGGGUUGCUGUAGAUGAGCCAGCAACCCGUGUUGCCUUGACCUGAGGCACAGAUUUGGAAGUCGGAAACCAAACUCUGCAAGCCGCCUCCUGCUUGGUCCCAACGUCACACCCUCCACUACCGUAAUGAUGCAAGAGAGGGCUUCAGUCUCCUGAGCAAUCAUCAACGCCGUUCGUAGCUACUCACGGGCAGAAGGCGAACAAGCCAUGCGCAUCUUUCGUACCACACUGCAUAGCUGUUCAUUCAAGAGUCGAAAUGGCAGUGUCAGAGCCUUCAACUCAGGGGUGUCUACGGCGUCUGCCGAUGGUAAAGCGGAGUCACCUACCAUUGGCACCGCUCGAGUGGAACAAGCAAAGCAACGUUGCCGCAAGGACAGUGAGCGUGAUGGAGGAGUAGCGCAUGGUGCUUCUAUGAGGAUGCUAAGAUUAUCUUGGACCAGUUGGGAACGAUGUCCCUCCUUAGCCUCACCUUUUGAAGUGCACCGCCUCGGCUUCUCCUCUCGGACCGCGCUCGGUGAACUAUUUCGGGAUUUCACAUUCACAUGCCUCGUUUGGUUGUGCCUUUGCUUCAAAUUUGCCCUGACAUUCAAUCAUAUAGUGCAGGAUGGGCCCUCUGUGGUGACGGCACCAUCUUCCGGCUCGCAUCAGACGGGGGCCACGACUCUCGAUGGUGCAAGACUGCACAGCACUGGGAUAGUGCGGCUCAACAGGGGCUCACAUUAGGAUAGGGACUCGAAUCGGAUAUAACGCUCUCGUCAUAGGCUGCGUGACGGCUCUGGUCCUUCUACUGCAUCCAGCGCCACAUCUCUGCUCAAUAGGAUCCUCCCA